UCCACUGAUAUCGAAAAUCAAAGAAUCUUCCAUAAAAAACUUUCAUAUAUGCUUAUUAGGUAUCGGGGUUAAACCUCAUACAUCUUUUCCCUCUACCUUUAAACUAGGUUUGCCUAAGUCGAGGAUCUUGGUGUGAAAGGGAAGAGGCUGAAAGUUUCGGAACCAAAUCUAUCCUAAGCUUCUGAAAUUUGCAGGAUUGUGAUCCUCCAAUGAGUAAUUCAGAGGAAAUCCCAAGCAGGCUUGAGGGCAAGAAUAUAGCACGAGUUGUGUGUUGCAUUCUAGGAUUAGGUUCUCUCGUGGCAUGGAAUGCAAUGCUGACCAUCACCGAUUACUAUUAUCAAGUUUUCCCGAAAUAUCAUCCUUCGCGGGUGCUUACCAUAGUUUACCAAUUGGUUGCCAAUGUGUUUAUAUCAACACUUGCUUAUAAAGAAGCCAAGCUCAAUACUCGAUUUCGUAACAUUUUGGGGUACAGCAUUUAUACUGCUGGCACAUUUUGUCUGAUCAUUUUGGAUCUUGCUUCGCAUGGCAGUGGAAGUGUAGGAGCAUAUGUCGUGUUGUGUUUGAUUGUUGCUCUUUUCGGAUUGGCUGAUGCUUUUGUACAAGGUGGAAUGGUUGGAGAUCUGUCUUUCAUGUGCCCCGAGUUCAUACAGGCAUUCAUGGGAGGCUUAGGCAUAGCCGGGGCACUAACCUCCGGUUUAAGGCUUAUUACGAAAGCAAUCUUUGACAAGUCCUCUGAUGGUCUCCGAAAAGGCGCUUUGUUGUUCAUAGGAAUAGCAACAUUGAUCGAGUUAGGAUGUCUCAUUCUAUAUGUGACUGUCUUCGCUAAGCUUCCUAUCGUAAAAUACUACCGUUCCAAAGCAGGGAAAGAAGGCGCUAAAUCCGUAGCAGCAGAUCUAGCUGCGGCCGGCCUCCAAGAGCAAGCUCAACAGGUUCAACAAAUGGACGAGACCAAGAUCAUAAGACUAACGAAGAGGCAAUUGCUACGGCAAAACAUUGAUCAUGGGAUGAAUAUAUUCAUGAUUUACGUUGUUACGCUAUCGAUUUUCCCUGGUUUUCUUUAUGAGAACACAGGAGAACACCGGUUGGGCGAUUGGUAUGCACCAGUCCUAAUAGCCAUGUACAACGGAUGGGAUUCAAUCGCCAGGUUCAUCCCCUCAAUCAAAACUUUAGCAAUGGAAUCUAGGAAAUGGAUCACGGGCUGCGUUAUUGCGCGUUUCUUGCUCGUUCCAGCGUUUUACUUUACAGCUAAAUACGCAGAUCAGGGAUGGAUGAUUUUCCUCACCUCUUUCUUGGGAUUGAGUAACGGUUAUUUAACAGUCUGCAUCUUCAGCAUUGCACCAAAGGGUUACAAUGGACCCGAGUCGAAUGCAUUAGGGAACUUGUUGUGCGUGUUUCUAUUGGGAGGUAUCUUCGCUGGUGUUUGUUUGGGUUGGCUUUGGCUCAUUGGUAACGGCUCGUUCUAAGCGAAAUUAUUGCUGCAAAUUAUUAGAUAAACUUAUUCCUUCGAUUGUUGUUUAUGUUUUAAUCUUUAAACUUUGCCUCAAACUUCUUUUUUUACUAAAUUUAUAGUUUUUGAAGCUUAGAUAGUUUUUUUUGAAGCUUAGAUAGAUAAACUUCAGAUAUUUCU